GUAACCGAAUGCCAUGUUAGAUCAGUGCACAUCUCUGGUGGGCCCUUUGGUGGGGAACCUUUGGUGAGCGAUUUUCACCACGAAGAUAUUCUUUAACUCUGCGAAAUCGGACUUUCAAAUGGUUUGGUUUAUAACAAACCAUGUAAAUGUGGCACUGAUCCAGGAUGGAUGUUGGGGAAAAAAAUUUACUUAUAUAGUUAAUUUUCUGCAUCUCUGACGUUCACAAAAUACCACGCCGUUUGAAAAUCGAUUGAAAUUGAGCAAUUUACAGCCGUUUCCACCGACACAAAAUGGCCGACAAGUGAUUACGCCCGUCCCUAUUGGUUCACAUCUCGUGAAAUGCAUCUAGCUCAUAUCUUUGAUAUCUAGGGCUACAUCAGCGUCAACAGGAAAUGAGAGUAGCGUCCUUGGAGACGUUACAAUUAUUAGCUUAAGCUUCGCAUUUUGCAUCCUCAUCGAAAGCAAUGCCUACAUUAACCAGGUGACACAAACUUGAGGCAUUUGGAUAGUGUGAAGUAAUCAUGAGUGCGCCUAGGGUCAUCGGCGACCAGCUCAUCCUUGAAGAAGACUUCGAUGAAAACUAUAUUCCCAAUGACAAAGACAUCAGAGAGUAUGCAAAGGAGAUAGGCAUUGAUCUUGACAAUGAGGCGGAGCUCAUGUGGCUGGCCAGGGAGGGCAUUGUUGCUCCUCUUCCACCGCAGUGGAAGCCUUGCCAAGAUGUUACAGGAGACAUCUACUAUUACAACUUCUCCUCUGGUGAGUCUACAUGGGAUCACCCCUGUGAUGAACACUACCGCCGCCUCGUUGUCCAAGAACGGGAACGCCUGCAGCGGGCCGCUGCUGUCGGGGGCUCAGGGCCUAAGAAGAAGAAGAAAGAAAAGAAGGAAAAAAAGGAUAAGAAGAAGAAGGAUUCAGCUAAAAGUGGAGGAACAACAUUGGGAUUGUUGCCACCUCCACUUGGAAGCUUGGCUCCUCUUGGUAGUCUAGAUGCUCCUGGCCUUCGUCGAGUCCCAGGAUCGGUUUUCUCAUGUUCCCUUGGAUCUGGCGGACUGGAACCCCUCAAAGCAUCUCCUCGGCCACUUGGGGCUCUCCGUAGCAGCAGUGCAGCAAGUGUUUUAAGCUCUAAGAAGGAAGAAAAAGUCUAUCUCGCCAUGCCUGGAUUUGAUGAUGGUGAUGAAAUCUUAGAAAAUGAGUCAAGUCAACGGUCUUCAGACCGGCAACUGAUGAACCUCCACCUAAAUCUUGAUGACCUUGGAGGGGGCAUACAAUAUGAGGAUAGUGACAUCAGUGGUGCAGCUCGAGCAGAAGAAAGAACUGAACCAGAAAUGCAGGACAUAUCUGGGGGCCAGAGCUCUGAGCCGCAGUCACGACAGGACUCUUUGAGGGGCCGGCCCAUGUCUCCUCUGGCAGUUCGAAACCAUCUCAGUGAGACUGUGGUGAAGGGAGGAAAGGCUUUUGAGGAGAGAGAGAACACAAAAGAGGCCAAAGAUAAAAAUGAAGAAGCAGAUGAGAAAAGUAAAGACAAAAACGGGAAUGAUGAUGAUGAUGAUGUCGAAAAGCAGGAAGGGGUUCAUUGGACUCUAGAAAAUGAGCGUAUGAAAUCCAGUGGUGAUGAGGGUAAAAUGAAAAAUACAGGAGAUGGUGGAGGGAUAGACAGUUUGCAAGACCAAGAUGGCAGAUCUGAGAGAGUCCAGUUUGAUGAGAUCUUAGAGAAGGUAAAUAUUGUCUUUGAAGUGUUGGAAAAAGAAGGUGUUCAGAAAAAAGCGAAAGGUAGUCAUCUUAGUGGGGAUUCUCAAGAGAAUGACACAGAUGUGAAAGAAACUGAAACUGACCCUAAGGGAGUUUUGGAUAAACAUAAUGCAUAUGAUGAUGUAGAUGAGGAGGAGGAUGGACAAGAUGGGGGAGAGGAAGAUGAUGGUGAAAGUAAUGGAGACUUGCAGCGAUGCUCCUUGAGCCAGAGAAAAUUGACGGAUGAUGAAGAAGAGGUGUUGGAAAGUUGUGUUGCCAGUGGUGACGGAGGAACACAAUGGGAGAAAAAAGAGUUGAAAGAUGAAUCAGAUGCCCAAAAGGCACAAUCAGCAUCUCUGAAUGAGGAGGCCGUAGACCUUUCUGAAAUGGAAAGAGAGAAACCGACAUUGGCACAACAAGGUGUCCUUGAACUGUGCGAGCAUAAAGGGGAACCUGGCAAGAUGGAAUGUCUGAAUUUGAGAUCUCCCAUUCCUGCCGAGAUGUCUGAUAAGGUUUUGGACUUAGAUAAUCUCUCUGGUUCUGUGAGUCCUUUGGACGACAAUAAUGAUGGAGAAGAUCUGGAAGAUGAGUUGAAAAUGUGUCUGAAGGGAGAGACUGCCAAGAGGCUUUUGCACCCUGCAGGCAAACCGGAAAAGAUAGACCGACUCGUGCUCCACCAUUCGAGUGUUUGGAACCAAGAAACAGCAGCAGGUCUCGACUCAGCUUUAAAUCUGCACAGGCCUGAAACAUCUAGAGGUCGACUGUCCAGAAUGUCCAACACUCCAAUCAAUGAAGAAGAAACUAACACUAAGAAUGAUCUGAGCCCAUUAGAAAAAGAAUCAGACUUUACAAUCUGGAAAAAUGAAAGGAAAGAAAAGAGGGAAGUUGAAGAACCGGAGUUGAGGAAGAAUGAAAAAGAAAAUCACCAGAAAGAGAGGAGUAGGCAGGAAGACAAAAAGAAUGGGGAUGCCGUUCAGAGAGGGGAGAGCAAAGAGCAAACAAUGGGGAAGAAGAACGAUAGAUUGCUUCAUCUCCGGGAGGCAAUGAUCAGAGAGGAAGAAGAGGAGAAGGAAAGUUUGAAAAGAGAGAAGGAGAAGCGAAUAUCUCUCCUCAUGGAGGAGUUAAAGACCGAGGAGGAGGCAGAGAAGGACCGGUUAAGGCAGGAAAGAGAGAGGAAAAAGUGUCUCUUUCAAGAGGAUUUGAGAAACAAAGAAGAGGAGGAAAAGAAGCUAACAGAAGAAAGCGAAGAAAAAUUGAGGAGUCUUAAACAGCAACUUCUGUCCAAGAGGCAAGAAGAGGAGGCCCGGUUGAAAAAGGAAUCUGACAGGAUACUGGAAGCAUUGAAAGAGUCUGCUCUAAAGGAGAGAGAGCAGCAGCUACUUGAGCUCAGGGAGGAGAGUGAAACCAUGCUGAAAAAAUUACGUAGCACACUUGAAGAAGAAGAAAAGGCAGCACUGCGUGACAAGUUGGAGGCUCAGAAUAGGCUAGACUUUGAGCGAUUGAAGGCUGAGUCGGAAGAAAAGUCGCAAUUACAGAAAAAGAUACUCCAGGAGGAAAAUGCGAAGUUGUUUAAACAGGAGGUAAUUAGCACAGACAGGAGGCCAUCACUGAUAGGCGUACGUCCUGAACAGCAACUAAAGGAGUACCGCAGAGAGCUGUCUGAUUUGCUCCUGGAAGUAAGGGAGGAAGUUCAGCGUGACCAUGAUAAGAAGUUGGAACAGUUGAGGGAGGAACACAGGAGAGAGCUGAACAACAUCCGAGCAAAGCAACGGGAGGAGGAAGGUAUCCAGAGGGACCGCUUGCUUUCUACACUGCAAAGUGAAAGAGAGCAUCUUCAGGCCUCACAUGCGCUUCAGCUGGAGAGGCUCCAGAAAGAGCUUGACAGUGAGAUAGAGAAGGCUGAGCUGAAACAUUCACACAGGAAGUCAGAACUUCAGGAUCUGAUCGCUCAGUUAGAACUGAGAGGCAAAGAGCUCAAGAAAGAGCAGGAAAUGCUAUUCAGCAAGAUAGCAGAUCUUAAGAGCAAGAGGAAGAUACUUGGAGAAGAAGAGGAGGAUCUAGACAUACGGGCAGAGGCUUUACACAAAGUGACUCUGGAAAGAGACUGUCUGAAGUUGGAGCUCGAGAAAACGAGGGAGGAGAAAGCUGAAACCCGAGAACUCUUGCGUGUUGUGCGGGAGGAGAGGAACGAAGCCCGACAAGAAGAGGAGAAGAUGCGGGAGGAGAGGGACAAAGUCAGGGAGGAAAGCAGAAAGUCAAAAGAGGAAAAAGAGCACCUAGAGAGGAAGGUGGCUAUCCUGGAGGAAAGAUGCAACCAGCUCACUCGCAAAGUCAGUGAAAUGGAACUGAAUGAAGAGGGAAUCACGUCCAGGCAAAAGAAAGACAGAAACAUGGUGACGUCACCUCCAAGUGGCCAAAGGGACUCCUCACUCCAUGUUGAUGACUUGGGGGACCAGCUCCAUUCUUCUGUACCAGACAGUAAUGGGGACAUCCUUGAAUUUGGCGGAUUGAAUGCCUCACAAUGUGCCUCCAUCGAAAAGACCAAACUCUUCUUGGAGAAAGAGAGCAACAGGCUACUGCAGAGACAGACUCUGCACAUGGCACAGGUCAACUCCACACAGCAAUCUGACAUCGAAGGAAAGGAGACAAGUUUUUCUGAGCUGCAGAAAAUGUUUAAGAGUGGAAAUGUUUUCAAUCACAGAAAAGAGCAACACAAGCAGCUUGACAGUUCCAUACCUGAGGAGUCCUUCCUUCAAGGGGCAUCACUUUUGACUGGAGAGAGAAAGGUUACCUUUGACGUGACGGAUUCAGACCUCAGUAGCACUGUUGAUACACCCAAUGAGACAGUAGGGAGUGUGACGUUUUUGGCCAAGGUCCAGGAGUUUGCAGAGUCCCAACAGCAGAUCUCAGGCCAGCUCAACACUGUUUUAGGUGCUCUGGGAUCUUUAGCACAUAAGCAGAGCAACGAUUUUCACCCAGCCUUUUCCAUAGCCUUGCCUCAAUCCACUCCCGCCAGAAGCGCUUCACCCACUCCAGGCCAACCUAAUCCACUUUGGACUGACCGCCUCGGACCAACCACUUACCCAGACAGCUCAGUCACUAGUGGACUGAAAAUUUCCGAAGAUGUCACACAACGCAGAUGGCGAGAGAUCUUUCCUGAAGCAGCAGCACUCAACGCUAACUCCCUAAGGACAUAUACAUCACAUGCAUCCUAUACUCCUCCUAUCCUACAUGUUCAAAAGUCUGUAAAAGUGGAUGGCCGAAGACUGCAGAAACUGAUUGAUAACAACAAGAGGUGGCUGGAGAUGAAGAAGAAAGACACCAGCAUACCUCUGUUCACUCGCUUUCAGGCUCCUUCCUCCCAAAGCAACCUCGUCCAGCUCGGCCUCGACGACAAGGACCAAAUCAGAGUUUACCAUUAUUGAUGGGCUGACAAAUUGUCAAGUCCUUUUAGCCUCUGAGGAUUUGGGAGAACGAAUGGCAGCACUACACUAAUGCUCCUCAAAAUCUCACAUUAGAGAUCAGUUGUACAAAUGAUUUGCUUAUACUGUGAGUUUUCAUUAUGUGGUGCUAUACGAAGGGCACGCAUCGUUCAUCAUCUUUGAAGUCUCAUUUUUCUCAAUGGCACAUUGGAUUCAGUUAUGUAUUCCACACCUUGCAGCUGAGGUUGCAACUGUUGUCGUUUUUCUACCUGUCCCGUUAUUCGAUUUGUUUUGCAUUUGAAGAAAAUACAAACCUGUGCUGGACACAGGCUUUAAUGAAUAAUUUCCAGUUUCCCUCUCAUUGUUGAAACAAGAAUCCUAAACGUGAUGGAAAAAUGCCCCAAUAGCUACUUUAUUUUUGCUGGCUCUGCACAAGAGCUCACAUUGUGUUAUCUUACAGAAACUAUAGCCUGUUUUCUGUGUUGUCUAGCGUUUCUUAAUGUUUUGAUAGUUUUGUCUCUUUUUUUAAAUGUAAAGUCAAGUAUGUUGCAAAAAGUAAGACAUUAAAAGUGCACUGAUAAAUUUCUAGGUGAGUAAAAUUAUGAAAUGCUACUGCUAUGAGUCUAUUAUUCUACAGAGCAUAUUGGAUUGGACUAUAAGGUCACAUAGAAAUAUUUUUUUCUAUACAGUAUGACCUUGUAUUUUUAUUCAACACAUUAUUAUUGCACUAUUACAUUUAAGAUAAGUUUAUGUCGAAUCAGUUGCCAUAGCCAUUGAUUCUGUUGAGACAACCAAAAUACCAUUAGAGGUGGGUAGAGGAGCCAAAGAUUUGGCGCACAGCCCAAGCCAUUUGACUGACCGUCACCGGUUCCAAUAUUAAAAUGACCAGAAUUUUCAUCCAAUGCCGGGAAUUUUUUGAAUGACCCUCAAAAAUUUCCCGUUUGCCCAUGAAUAUGGAUUUUUAAAAAAUUAUACAGUAUAUAUAUUUCAAAAUCUAUCUAGUCCCACCCCUUUUGACCAAAUCACAUAAAAAAAUCCAGAACGACAAGGAGCAUAAAAGUUGUAUACAGAAUUUCCCCCAAAAUUCGCCAAAAACUUGCCCAUUCAUUUCUAAUAGGAUGCCACUGAUAGCCAUGUGCAUCAUUCCAUUCAUUUCUAAUGGCAGGAAAUUAGAUGGUUGUGAUUUUUUGACCGCUUACCAUGACAGCCCAUUGACAUUCAACUGGAGGCCAUGUAAAUCAAUGCCAUUGACAGCCAUGUACGUCCAAAUUUCCUAUCCAUUUUCAAUGGCAGAAAAACCUUUCUGGUUGCGAUUUAUGAACAAAAACUUACCAUUACAGCCCACUGAAAUUCAACUGGCGCCCAAGUAAGUCGAUGCCAUUGACAGCCAUGCAAGUCCAUGCCAUUGACAGCCAUCUCCAAAUUUCCCAUUCAUUUUUAAUGGGGCAAUAAUGUGUGGUUAUGAAUUUUGACAAUACACUUAACAUUACAGGGCAUUGACAUUCAACUGGUUCCCAAGCAGAGGUGGGUAGUAACGUGUUACAUCUACUCCGUUACAUUUACUUGAACUUUUUGAUAAAAAUGUACUUCUAAGAGAAGUUUUACCCAGCCAUACUUUUUACAUGAGUAGAUUUGUGAGGAAAAAACGCUACUCUUACUCUGCUACUUUGGGCUAAACAGGCUAUUUUGAGUGGGGUAUUUUUUUUUUUAGUUUAAUGUGGUUGUGUAAUGGUUUAUUGUACAGCAUCAUUAUAACAAUGGAUCAUAUAUAUAAGUGUGUGCUGAGAGGAAAAAAAAACUUAAAAUCAAACGAAAAUAACAUAUAUAUAAUAAUAGCACAACACUUCGCCAGUCCAAAGAGUAUGAGCGCCCUCUAGUGGAGAAAAACACUCACCUCUGAUUGGUAUAAUGGAAUCGUGGUUUUUGUUGCGAUGUCUAAUUGGUGAAACUGAGAUAGCCACUGUCGGCAUCUCUGGCAGAAAACCAAUAUGUAGAAUAAAGAGGAAAAACGUAACAACGCUAACCCAAAGUAGCGGCGUAAGAGUAGUGUUUCUUCUUCACAAAUCUACUCAAAGGUAUCGCAUGAUAAAACUAAGUAGUAGAAGUACAUGUUUCUCAAAAAGUCACUCAAGUAAAUAACUGAGGAAUUCAGGGUUUAUGCGGGUCAUUAAAAAUCAUUAAAAGUCAUUAAGUUGAAUUUGUCCCAACAGGCAUUAAAAAGCAUUAAACUAAAUGUUUGAGGCAUUAAAAACUAUGUAAACUUGACGGCUAAAAAGGAAACUUUUUUUUUCUUUAACAUUAUUUGAGUUGUCUGAUAUUAUCGGGUGGCCGUGAGUGACCAUAAGAUCAUUUCGGGAUAAGAGAGCCAAUACUAUUAGCUACACUGUGGAAAAACAACCUAUAGAAUAUACUAAAUAAAAUUGAGGUACCAAUUUACUCAGUUUCAUAGUGUAACGUUUACCCAAUUUUAAAUACAGUAUUACCUAAAUGCGUACACAAUAAUACAGUGGGGAGAACAAGUAUUUGAU